AUGCAUCCUACUACCGUUACUAGAAUGUUCCAACCGACCAAGAAGAUGUGGUCGCCUGUGCCCAAGGAGGAGCAUAGCGCCCACACUAUCUCGCAACGAUUGCGCCAAUGGAAGAAGAUUCCUCCCGAGUUGGUUCCUUUGGGAAUCGUCGUCGGUGUCGCUGUCGGAUUUGCUUUCUACUCUUUGGGUCGCAAACUUGUUGUUGAUAAGCAAAUGCGUCUCUCCAGACAAAACAGAACAAAGGAAUAA